AUGAGCAAGGAAACAGAUGGUAUCUGGGUUCCGUUCAGGGAUGGUGUCUUCCUCUGCAAGGAAGUAAAGCUUUUUGAGGAAGUUCGAAACUUGUUCCAACGUUCUGGCCAGCCACUUCCACCAGACAAGGAGAAUUACUUACAUCAGGCUUUUACUAAUCACAAACCAUCCGGACUGCCGGCUGGUUAUGAGGUUUUGAAUUUUGGUAAAAACAAAACUGUCGUUUUCCGAAAAGUCGAUGGGGCUGUCAACGUCACUCACCUGUGCGCCGGUUUUACAAAAGUGCGAGCUGCUCUUUCGGCAUUUCUUCGAAGCCACCCUCAAGUACGGGUUGUUGAACAGAUACGAGGCAAUACGAGGGCUCAAGGAACUUAUAUUGCACUUGCGGACAUUGACAUUAUCUGCGAUCGUUUCAAAUUUGAGAACCCGAAAGAUCAGAUUUUGUCAAUGAUUCAUGCGACACCGAGCGGCGAGCCGCUGUCGGAUUUGUGCGAGGCCACCGCCAAAAACGACUACGGCGUCGGUAAUUGUACCCCACCUAAUGCUACUGCUACUGCUUCCGGCAGUGAGAGAGUCUAA